AUGGAGACCUCAUCUUCACCCCGAUCUAAGCGCAAGGCUUCGGUUUCCGAGGCACUGCUUCAGAAGAGGUCUCGACCGUCUCGUUGCUACGUACCCGAAUGUGAAUCGGCUGCACAUUCACGGCCUGCAGCUGGGAGGUUACCGGAAGAAGGUUCAAUCCGUUCAAUUAUUUGCAACAACCCCCGAAAGCGCCUCUAUGUGGCACCCAUAGCGUGGACGUCGGAGCAUCUGCAACUUCUUGCAAACGACCGAGGAAAGAGAGCGUCUGCCCGGCCGGACUCCAGCUAUCCGAACAUGCAACCCUUUUCACGAAUCGGCUCGCACAGAUGUGGAUCCCUGCCUUUUGAUUAUGAGCGCCGGGCUGCAGCAAAGCUCCCGACAGAUGGUGUUUUCUCGUCCUAUGUCACUCCGUCAAGCCUGGCUUACAUUACCUUUGAUACAAUCAAGUCGCUUCGUGAGAAAUACACCCGGGUUUUCAAAGCGAAAUCCGUAGCCACUGUUCACAUAAGGCGCCAUAGUCUACGGGUUCUCGAGCCCCCCAAUCCAGUCGAAGAUCCAUAUAUCGUUGCUUUACUCAUUGCGCUUGUCCAAGAUCAAAGACGGCAGCAACAACGGGGAAGACAGCAUGCAAAGACAACGACAGAUCCUGUUUCAUCAGACGGUUCCAAGUGCAUCACAGACUCUCAAGCCUGCAACAAGGUCAACAUUCUCGCUAUUACUGGAUUCGUGACAACGUCUGUCUACGUCUACACUGCUAUCAUUCCCGUGGAGUUUCUCGAUAAAUUCGACAAUCCAACGCACUCCUCCCCAAGUAGCCCAAUUACGGUAACCUGUGGAGGUCUCCCGGUGAAAGGAGCAAAAUCUUUCGAGACGCUACAUCGACUUCUUUGCUCUGGCUUUUGUAAAACCGAUGCGCCACAAAGGUCUAAUCCAAGUGAUUGAGACAAUGUUGAGAGCUGGUUCUCGAAUGUUAGACCAACUAAGGCAUUAUUAUCCGAGGAACCGGUGAUCUGCCCUGACCUGCCUGUCAGAAUUUGGGAUGUGGGCCUGCUCACGAUGAAAUGCCCGGUUGAUUGGGCUCUUGCGCUAUUGUCAGCUUUGAACAGGAGGCCGAGACGGCUCGGGAGUACGGCGGGUGAACUGGUCAUUUCAGAGCUAGCCUG